AUGGGAAUCGAAAAAGAAGUUAAUUCUUUACUAGAGGAGAUUAAUGAAUGGAAUGAUACAAAACCUCUUAAAGAAGCAAAAGGAAAUGCAUGCAAAGAGGUCGAAGCUCUCCGUGAAAGUCGCUUAAAGCUUCACAAAAGAAAACUUGAUUUUAAAAGUGGACAUGACAAAGAGGAUGUCGCGCGAAACGAGAAACAAAGUCAAGACCAAGUGAUUAAAGAAAUAUGGACAAUGAUUAGGCCUACGUCAGACAAAGUUAAGUCGGGGGGAGAUGAUAUCGGAAAUCUUUUGGUAGAGAUCAAGAAAUACGUUUCAGAUGCGCAAAUACGUCUAGAUGAAUUCAACGAAUAUUAUUGGUAUAUAAAGCUUGAUAACAAAUAUGGUACCUGGUAUUUAGAAAGUCUUAUUAAAUCAAAACUUGAUGGUGAGUUCAAUGAAUCAGUGUUUGACUAUAUGGUAUUCCUGUCUGCUGCAAAACUGUCUCUAGAAAUACCAUUUACACAUGCCUUCUAUAAUCUAGUUUUUGAUUGGAGGAUCAGAAAAAUACCUUUAACAAUAUUAUACAGUGGACAACAUGACAAAGAAGAACGUGUGCGGAACGAGAAACAGAGUCAAGAGCAGGUGAUCAUGAUUCAAGAAAUAUUGACAAUUAUUGGGUCUACAUCAGGCAAAGUAAUCUCGGGGGGAGAUGAAAUCGGAACAGGUUUGACAGUGAUUAAAAAGUACGUGUCUAAUGCGCAAGGACGUUUAGCUGAAUUCAACAAGAUAGAAAAACCAUUAUUCGAUGUGGAGGAAAGGAGUAACAUACUAUUUUCAGAUCUAACUGGAACACAUCAUUCAAAAAGUGACGAACAACGUUCACCUGUUGAUACAUGUAAAAGUAUCCUUAAAGUAUUGGACAACUGCAAAACUGAGACCGAAACACUUGUCGAGAUUGUUUCGAGGCUUGAAGUGGAUCUUAACAUCGACAGAAAAUCCGGAUCAGUUAAAUCUGAUUCAGUUUCAAAUAGAUGCAAAGCGAUUAAGGAAACAGUAGAAAAACGGAAGCAAAUGUUUGACGAAAUGCAGAGUAUGCUUGACAUGUCCACUAAUUCUCUUACGUUGUUAUACUCUGAACUCUUAGAAAAACCCUAUCUGUUUCUGGAACCACAAACAAAUGUGGAUUCAAUACGUAGAAAAGUUCCAGAGUGGCUACAUGGCCAUGCAGCACUAAUUGAUCGUAUACGUGCUUGCACAAGAGAAAACAAAAAAAGUUUUCAGUUAAGAUACGUCAGAAAAGAAGAUUAUAAUAAUUUAAAAGAUCAGAUGCGGACUUUGCAUGAAGAGAUGAGACAGUUAAGGGAAGACAAAGAAAGUGCGUAUAAUAGAUUAUCAAAGGUCGCUGGAGCACGUCUGACGGACAACAAUCCAAAUAUUGCAGAUCUUAGUGAUCCUAACCGUCCAACCAAAAUAGCCGAACAGUAUUCAGAGUUGUAUGACACCCCCUGGACAGAUGCAUUCGAAGUAUUGGGAGAUAAAGAUCAAGAAAACACAGAUUUUUUGUUGAAGAUUAUCGUAGAUUGUUAUGAAAUUUGUGGAAAAAUAUCUAUGAAUCAUCAACGGAAUUUGAAGAAUGCUGUGUGUUAUCCUGCAAAUAAUAUAGAAGAUGGACAAGCAUCAGAACAGAAAAAGGGGAAAACGGAAAGCCCUGUCUCCUUCUCAGCGGUUCAGUCAAAGGCUUUAUCAGAACUUCGUAAGCAGACUGCAGAUAUAUCCGUUGUUAAUGUUAUAUCGCAAAUAGAAUUGGCAAGGAAGGACUGGUUUGUUCCGGAAAAGUUGCGAAGUUAUACGACCCGUUGUAUAGAGCUGUGUUGGUUAAUGCACGUACAAACUCCACCUGUUAUCAUUGAUAUGUGCGCCAAGCCAGGAUCCAACUUUGAUACUAGCAGAUAUAAACAAUAUACAAAAGCUGGAAAGAAAAUAGACUUCGUUGUUUGGCCUGUAUUGUUGUUGGAAGAGGGGGGAGCUAUUUUGUGUAAAGGAGUUGCUCAAGGAAAAUAGUAAAUACAGUUUCAGCAGCAGAAAUUACACAUAUAUUUAGUUUAUUACACUUUCGCACACGUUUUUUUAAAAACCCUAUUUUAUCAGCUACUGUCUACUCAGGAGUGACCAUAUACAUUAUAGUUCGCAAACAGUUUUAAAUCUAAGUCUUUACUUUGUUAAAUAUAUGAUUAUAAUCCAUAUACACAUAUAAACAAUAAAGAGUCCUUCCCUUGGAAAUUAAAACUACAUGUACAUGUAAAGAUUGCGUGUUUUAAUCUUUGUUAAGCUUGUAACAGCGAUUAUACAUUCAAUGUAUUAAGUUUUCCAAUUUCAGUUGAAAACAUGUUUACUUUUUAAAGGAAUACUAAUGUCAGUGUGAUUAUAAAUUUAAUUAUUUUUUACUUAUAAUCCAAAUCAUUCAGUCGUAGUGAAUUUUGUAUGUUACAAUUAUUUUAACGUUGUUACGUUUCUUACAUAAUUACAUAAAAUAUAUCAUAGUUUGAUGUCUGUCUGUCCGUCCUCCGUUCGGCCGACUGUCUGUCUGUACGUAGUCCGUAUGAAUGUAUGUAUGUAUGUAUGUAUGUGCCCUUUGUACAUAUAAAAUUAUACUAUUGUAUACCAAACAUACUUAAACAAUGUCCAUGUAAUUAAUGUUUCAAAUUGUUGCAUAUAGUUAAUUGUAUAAUCUCAUUCUGUUUCAUGAGUUAUCGUAUUUUAUUCUUUAGUUCUGCUGACAUGGUCAUUUUAUUUGUGAUUCGUUUUGGUAACACAAUUCUUUUUGAAUGCAUUAAAGGUACCAAUUAGUUUUGUAUUUUAAGAAAUCGUACUCGUAGAACAUGUUGUUGCCAUUCUUUACUAUUUUUUAUUAGUUAUGUGAACAAUAAAAUAGUGCAGAAACCAAUGGUUACUGAAACAUAAAGGGGACAUGCAAGACAAAAACAUAUGGUGACAGAUUGGUAAAAAUACUCAAAAUUAAAUGAUUCAGCUCAACCAAUGCUAUGAGAUAAUGAAACAACAACAAAAACAAGAGAAGGGAUUAUUCUGCUGGGAAUUUGACACUUGUCGUAAGCUUUGGCAAUAAAUAGUAAUAAUUAUUAAAUUAAAUAUUUUUACAAACUUUUCAUUGCCACAAAUAAAAACAAAUAUUUAAUACAAAGCUAUUUAUUUGCUGCCCUAUAAGCUUAAUACGGUCCCCGGUAUCCACA